AUGACACCCUUCGGGGUGGCGGUCUGUUUGGGGGUGGUGAACCUGCUCGUUGUCUGCGGCAACGUGUUUGUUUUGUACAUUCUGAUCAGUCAGAAGUCCCUUCACACCUCCACCAACUUCAUCGUGUUAUCACUCACAGUCUCCGACUUUGCCCUCGGGGUAAUUGUCCUGCCUUUCAGCAUUUUCCAGGUACGUUUUCAGAUAAUCUUUCAAGUCAUCCCAACUCUAAACUUUUUUGUUUUUGUUCGCUCAAUUGCGUAGGAAUGUAUAGUGCGGGGACUUGCAUUGCUUGUACACUAAAAACAUCAACAUGUACAUGUCUAGUCUCCAAUUACAGUAGUUGGCGUCUAAAAUGUUUUCUUCGCAUAAUAAAUUAAUCUCCGUUAUAGGAAUACUCGGAUUCCUGGAUGUUCGGCGCCGUCUGGUGCAAGACCUGGCUAGCGUUGGAUGUGUUGUUCAGCACGGCCAGCAUCUACAAUCUUCUGGCCAUCAGUUUCGACCGAUAUAUGGCUGUCAGACAGCCUAUCAAAUAUAGAUUUAUCUCGUCGAAUCGGAUGACCAAGAUCACAAUUGCUGUUGUCUGGCUGAUCUCAGCGGCCUUGGCCUUUCCCCCUUUGGUCUACGAUCAUUUCGGCCAGAUCGAUCCUUCGAUUCAUGGGAAUUGGUCCGGGAUUAACACUAAAGUGGUGCCGGGCCAAGGAGAAUGUACUCCCAUGACCUCCAACAACUUGUACAUCCUCUUCUCGGCCUUUGUUUCUUUCGUUUUGCCGAUGUUCUUAAUGAUUGGCCUGAAUCUCUCCAUCUUCCAUACAGUUAAUGACUCUACCAAAUUGACCAAGAUCAAGUCAAAUGGUACUCCUGCUCCAUCUUCCGGGAAUUACUGUAACGAUGACAACAAUUCGUGGAUGAGAGUUCAUCGCGGAGGUGCCAAGAGCAGUGUUUGUAGUCGUGUAAGUAAUCUUUUUUCUACAUCUCUUUUUUUGCGCUAAACGGAGGGUUUAAAACCGUAGCGAAUGACGGGAAAUAAUUGAACUCGCUUCACACAUGACAGUAAUUUACUGUCAUGUAAAUUUUCUCUGAAUAUAUCAUUCUUUAAGGUAGUAAUAAUUGCUGUUUGAAGAAUGACUUUUUGAUAUUUCAGGCGUUGACUGAAGUGGUCUCUGUAACCCCGGGUCAGCGGUCAGUCUCGAUGAGCGUGGGCUCUGUGAAGAAGGUGUCCGUGAUGCAUCAGAAUCAGUCCGUUACUCGCCCAAGACCCUCCGGCCCUCCAACCAGGAAGACGACGUUUGACUUCGGAUUCAGUCUGGACAGAGAUACCAUGUCUCUGGCCUCCACUGACACUGGCGCUCUUCUUGUCGGAGAUAACAUGGACCCUAAGGCCACAUGGAUUCAGAAGAUGAAGAAAACCAAUCUGAUGGAUCGGAAACAAGCCAUCGUCGAGGCGGAUCGAGUGUCUUACUAUUCUAUGGAGAGUCAGCCAGCUUGUCAUUCUACUCCCGCAACGCUCUACCCAUGUCAAUCUGUUAUUCAGAAGUCCGUGGAUAAUGUGUGGUAUCCAGCUGUGAUCACAUCCCUGAUUGCCGGCAAGAAACCCUCCAAGAAGCAGAGUGAACGUCUUCUUUUGUAUCCCAUGCUCCAACUGAACAGAAUCUCUUUAAGGACCGAGUUGAGAGUUGCCAGAACUAUUGGAGUGGUGGUUGGCUGUUUCACCGUCUGCUGGCUUCCGUUUACAAUUAUCUACAUCUUGCAGGUAAGGGUUUAGUAUUCGACCUCAAUAUCCGCAUGACCGGCCAUAUUAUCCUUUAGAUUAGCGACCUUUCUCUUUACUUAAGCUCCCUCUUUGUUAUACUAAGAGUAGAAUCGUAGAUAAAAAGUGGUUAACACGAGGUCUUUCCUUUCUUAUUUCGAUGGAAUUGAUUGACGUAGUUGCCGGCGUUUGUUGUAAUCCAUUUUAGCCCGAAAUUGGGAUAAUCUGAUAUUGUUGUUUGCAGGCCUUCGAAACAUGUCCGGUCGGGAUUUGUGUGCCCCCAUGGAUGUUUACCUUGGCCUUCUGGCUGGGCUACGCCAACUCCGCGUUGAACCCUUUGUUAUACGCUGCCUUCAGUCGCGACUUCCGGUCAGCCUUCAAGAAAGUCUUAACCGACAGAAACAGCAGCUUCAGAAGUUACUGA